UGGAUUUAGCCAACCAGAUGAAAUGGGGGGGGGCUUUUUCCUAUGAUUCUCCCCAGAGAAUCAAUGGAUCCAAUCCACACUACUUUCCCAUUAGAGGCAGAAAAGAGGUAAGUGCGGCUUCAGUGAGUGAUCGUACAACUGAACUAGAAUAUUAAGCAAGCCAAAGAAAAGAGCUGCUCAAGGUUUGCUUCUGGGUAGCAUCAAGGGCUAAAGCUUCCCUUCUUACAGAGCCGGAGCAACCGCAAGUGGAUAAUGCGAGCUGUUGGUGCCUUGUUUUCCUGUAGAUACGGCACAGCUCGAAGCAGCACGAGCAAUUUCAACGAUCGUGAAAUGGGAACCAAGGGAAGCAACGAGUCACCAAAUUCUUACGAGCUGAGCUGACCCUUCUAUGAUUGUUACCUUUUUCACGUCCCGGAGAUAAGCUCCGCCCCGUGAGCCAGAUUUUCCCGACCUCUCGGCGCUUUUACGACGCUAACACCCCACUCCACCCCGCGAAUGGCCUUCGGUCCUUAUGUCACGCCCGAGCAAUUACCAGCCCACCGUGGAAAGAGAGAUGGCGACAUGCGACCUUGGAUUCCAGAGCGGCCGGGGUGCCGAAUAAAAAGCUGGGCGGCAUAAGCGCUUUCUCCACACGCUUCCUCUUAGGGGCGAUGGAGGCGGCGGCGGUAUUCGCGAGCAGCUCGCUGUGCUCCGGAGCUUUCUGGCAGCGCAUCUCCGGCCCGCAAGAAGAGCGGCUGCUGAAGCUGAUGAGCUGCGCGUUGGUGGGCUUCGUAAGUUUGGCAGUGUUGUUCAGACUCCACCGGAGAGGGGCACCGUACGGCCGCUACGCUUCAGCCUCUUACGGCUACCCUGUUCCUGCCAACCUGGCCUGGAUGGUACAAGAAGCGCCUUCCUUUCUGUUCCCUGUAAUGCUCGCACUGUGCAGCGACGGCGCCCGUCUCAGCUUCUGGCCCAACCGAUUUCUGCUGGGACUCUUCCUCAUCCACUACUUCUACAGAUCAUUCAUCUUUUCUGUCUUAAUUCGUGAAGGAAAAUCAGUACCAUUUUUUAUAUUUAUGUCAGCAUUUAUAUUCUGUUCAUAUAAUGGAUAUUUGCAAGGCCGGAGUUUAACUAAUUAUGCAGAAUAUUCAUCUAACUGGCUGACAGAACCAUGUUUCAUUCUUGGAAUUGCAGCCUGGCUAGGUGGCUUCGUGAUUAACGUGCACUCUGAUAAUAUUUUGAGAAACCUAAGAAAACCAGGAGAGACUGGAUAUAAAAUUCCAAGAGGAGGAAUGUUUGAAUAUGUAAGUGGAGCUAACUAUUUUGGGGAGAUUGUUGAGUGGUGUGGAUUUGCUCUUGCAUGCAACACACUAGAAAGUACAGCUUUUGCCAUCAGUACAUUGCUGAUAUUAGGAAGCCGAGCAUAUAUACAUCACCAAUGGUAUCUCAACAAGUUUGAAGAUUAUCCACGUUCCAGAAAAAUUCUAAUUCCAUUUGUUUUCUGAAUUCUCUAUCAGAUUCUGUACUUUGAUUCUGUACAAUGCAUUAAAAUUGCGGGUGGGUGGUGGUUAGCUAAAACAGGCUUUUUAUAGAUAAUUCUAGGGAAAUUCUUCACAAUACUAACAUUGGGUGAUGUAACAAUUCCUUUUUUAAUAUUAAAAUCUAAAAUCAGCAGAAAACUCUGCUGUUGAUUAUUAGUAGUUAGUAAUUAUUAGAUUAUUAGUAGUUUGAAUUUUGAUAAGGAGAGAUUCAUGUUGUUUAAACAUGAAUUAGAAAGCCAUACCUGAUAUCAGAACAUAGAUUUGAAAAUGGAAUGUUCAUUGGAGUGGAUAUUUAUAUUAAAUCUUGUAGAAAUAGAGGUCAGGUAGAGGUCAUGAGCAACAAACUGUCUACCUCAAAUGCCACAUGCCUUGAAUCCCUGCAUGAUCUCACCCCGUUCAUAUCGCCAUGGUGAUGUAGGAAACUACCCCAGGCUGGUACAUGAUUUCACCUGGUUCAUAUGAUCUCAUCUUGUUCACACCAACAGGAUGUAGCAGAAAACUGCCCCUGGCUGAUAUAUUCUUAAGGAUUGACAAGGAGAAUCUACCAAUAAAAAUGGCAUUGCUAUGCUGUUGCUAUGCUAUCUUUUGCUGCUUGGAAAACUGUAUAAAGCAAUAAACGCUGCGAAAGGCAGUGAGAUAUAUUGGCA